AUGCCCCAUGGCUUCGACAAACUCUUACAUCAUGAACCCGAGUCGUCACCUCCCGCACCACCCCGCCGGAAAUCAAUUCAACCACGAUACCAUCUUCAUGUCCGACAACAGCCCAUCGGCGCACGAGCAUGCGGCGCCGGUGACCGAGAUCGUCGCCCCGUCGACCCUCCACCAAUCGUCCAAAUCCUCCUCACAGACUUCGACCCAGAAUCCCAAGACGACAAAGACACCCUCCAAGAUCCCCGCUUCACAGUAGGCUGUCUACUAUUUCCUUACUCAUCAGACCCCGCCAAUUCAACGCCAACCCCUCAGCCCUCCGAAGAAGCAGACCCAGAAUCCGACGGUGUCGCUCGAGCAGACGACGACUUCUCCACCCCCCUCCUCUCAGGAAAAGCAUUCAUGUCCCCAUUCUACGUCGACGCAGAUCCAGAUCCCAACUCCGCACCAACCCACCCCUCCAGCUCGGGCUUAGAUGACAAUGCUUUUUCUUCCCAUCCUAAUCCCAAUCUACGCAAUGCCUCCAAACUUCACCAGCCCGCUACAUUUUUCAUCUUUGCCGACCUAUCUAUUCGGACGGCCGGGUUGUAUCGUUUGCAGUUCCGGCUUAUGAAUUGGGGCUCGGUUGAAGAUACCGGUCAAUCUAUGCCUAUUCUUGCCGAGGCUUGGUCGGAUCCGUUUAGGGUUUAUUCUGCGAAGGAUUUUCCGGGAAUGAGAGAUUCUUCUAUUUUGGCUGAAGGGUUGAAGGAAAUGGGGUUUGUGGAGUUGAAGACUCGUGGGAAUGGGAAGGGGAAGGGAAGGAAGAGGUGGUGA